CGCUCCGUCUCGCCAUUCCCUCUCCUUGCCGCCGCAGCUCGCCCCCGUCGCUCGGAUUCAGCCGCCGCAGCUGCUGCUCGCCUCCUACCCGUCGCCGAGAUGACAAAGCGCACCAAGAAGGCUGGAAUCGUUGGCAAAUAUGGUACUAGGUAUGGUGCCAGUUUGCGUAAGCAGAUCAAGAAGAUGGAGGUGUCUCAGCACUCCAAGUACUUCUGUGAGUUCUGUGGCAAGUUUGCCGUGAAGAGGAAAGCAGUUGGAAUCUGGGGAUGCAAGGACUGCGGGAAGGUGAAGGCUGGUGGUGCUUACACCAUGAACACCGCCAGCGCUGUCACCGUCAGGAGCACAAUCCGUCGCUUGAGGGAGCAGACUGAAGCUUAAUUUUGCUUCUCUUGUUUUGUUCUAAGGGCCACCUCGGGUUUUGCAGUUUAGAUGAGAUUUCAUCUACUUAUAUUGGCUGUUUAGCCGUGGAUAACUUUGUACUUGGUGUUAUCGAUGACCUGUUAUGCUAUUCCUCCACUCUUGUGUUGCCUGAUUUCAUCAUUAUCUAUCCUCUGAUGUGCUAGCUUGAUGAU